ACCCAGUCCUCGUCUCCGUGGGGCCCCGCCCCCUGUGACCCCCCCCCCCCCCCACCGUCUCACAGCCAGAACAAUCCGCCAAACCAGCCCUUAUGUAACCAGUGCAGACUUGGGAAGUGGAAACAACCAAUCUGGCAACUCUAAGUGUGUGUGUCCCCCCCCCCCGGCUCAGAAUGAGGGAGGGGUCAGCGGGCCGGAGCCCCGCGCGCAGCGCCGCCCAGCCCGGAGCGAGCGCCUGAACUUUGUCACCAAUUCCUCGGAGAAGCCCAUUCCUGCCUGCCCCCGGCUCCCAGGCUGCUGCCCCUCCGUCCUGAGGAAUGGAUCUGUGGCUCACAGCCGCGGCCGGGCUGGCCCUGCUGCUCUGCUCCUACAUCAGGACCUUCUGCCCAUACUUCUCGGCCGACUGCGCCUACAUCCUGAGGAGCAUCGGACUGGGCAUCAGGCUGGUCAGAUACAAGAGGAGCAAGCCCUUCUACAGCCUGCUGGACUGCUUCCUGGACGCGGUGGGCAGACACCCCGAGAAGGUCUUCCUGCACUUCGAGGGGGCCGCGUAUUCCUACAAAGAAGUGGACAGGCAGAGCAACAAGGUGGCCCGGGCCCUGCGGGCCGAGGCCGGGCUGAGGGAGGGGGACGCCGUGGCUCUGUUCCUGCCCAACGAGCCGGGCUUCGUCUGGACAUGGCUCGCUCUGACCAAGCUGGGCUGCCCGGCCGCGCUGCUGAACUUCAACAUCAGAUCCAAGUCCCUGCUGCACUGCUUCUCCUGCUGCGGGGCCAAAGUGAUCAUCGCCUCUCCAGAGCUGCAGGAUGCUGUGGAGGAGGUUCUGCCCACUCUGCGGGAGCAGGGCAUCCGGGUGUACCUGCUGUCCGGCAGCUGCGGGGUGGAGGGCAUCACCGCCCUGUCCGGCAAGAUCGCCCAGGCCUCGGACCAGCCGCUGCCCCGGGAGCUGCGGGCUAACGUCAGCAUCAGGAGCACCGCCCUCUACAUCUACACCUCCGGCACCACAGGUUUGCCCAAAGCAGCCGUUGUGACCCACGAGAGGGUGUGGGCCGCCUCCUUCCUCCAGGCGGCGUGUGGAGUCACCCCCGAGGACAUCUUCUACAUCAACCUGCCUCUGUACCACAGCGCCGGCUUCCUGAUCGGGACGGCCGGAGCCAUCGAGAGGGGCAUGACGGUGGUUCUGAGGAGGAAGUUUUCCGCCUCUCAGUUCUGGGAGGACUGCCGGAAGCACGAGGUGACGGUGAUGCAGUACAUCGGCGAGACGCUGCGCUACCUCUGCAACACGCCAAAGAAAGAAAACGAGAAGGACCACAAAGUCCGAAUCGCCAUCGGCAACGGCGUGCGGAGCGACAUCUGGUCGGAGUUUCUGAACCGCUUCGGGGACAUCAAAGUCAGGGAGCUGUACGCCGCCACCGAGGGGAACAUCGGCUUCAUCAACUACACCUCCAAGAUCGGCGCCGUGGGGCGGGUCAACUUCGUGCACAGUUUCUUUUUCCCCUAUACUUUGAUCAAGUUUGACAUAGAGAAGGAAGAGCCGGUCAGAAACUCUGCGGGUCUGUGCAUCAGAGCAGCUGUAGGUGAGACGGGGCUGUUGGUGGGAAAGGUCACCCAGAGGUCUCCCUUUGUGGGCUACGCCGGCAACAAGCAGCAGACGGAGAGGAAACGGCUCCGCGACGUCCUAAAAAAAGGCGACCUGUACUUCAACAGCGGCGACCUGCUCCGCUUUGACCACGAAAACUUUGUGUACUUCCAGGAUCGAGUCGGCGACACGUUCAGAGGUGGUGUUAUGUGGCUGCACCUGCUGCAGGCGGGGCUGAUGGUCUGUCUCCCCGCCCCCGCUCACAGGUGGAAAGGCGAGAACGUCGCCACGUCGGAGGUGGCCGACAUUCUGACCAUGGCCCGCAGCAUCUCAGAAGCCAAUGUUUACGGUGUUAAGGUUGAAGGUCACGAGGGGCGCAUCGGCAUGGCAGCUGUGACUCUGAAUGAAGGAGGAGAAUUCGACUGCUCAGACACCUACAAACAGCCCUGCCUGGAAAUGACGGGAACGUUCAAGAUGAAGAAAGUGAAGCUGGUGGAAGAAGGAUUCAACCCCGCCCUCAUUAAGGAUCUGCUUUACUUCCUGGAUCCGGAGAAAAAGACGUACGUCCCCAUGACAGAGGAGAUCUACAGAGCCAUAGCUUCAAGGGAAAUCAAACUCUAACGUAGGAACUAACGUAGCUGAAGGUACACCUGCUCACUCAUGGACCUUAACAGCCAACUAAUCUCAGGGACAGACUUUUGACACAUUUCAUGUUUGAAAAGACUUUUCUAACUCUUGAACUACUUUGCACCUCUACAGUUUUAUAAAAUUCCUUAGAGCCGACAGUGUUUGCCCCACCCACUGUUGUGUUAGGGUUACGCACCUGUUACACAGGAACGCAUUAGCUUCGGAUGCUGGUCUGUGCUGAGUGUAACCGGAGUCGGUGCACCACAGCAGGGAGCAGCUUCAGAGCCGACAGUCACAUGUCUUAGUCACUACCUUCCAGACCUCAGCCGAAACAGUAAAGAGAUUUUUCAUGUUGUCUAACAAUAUGUGUUGGGUUUUUUUUUUGUCUUUGAAAACGGGUGUUGCUGCACCCACUGUUCAGUCUCCUUCAGUCUAACUUCGGGUAGCGAGCACAGAGGAUCUGAAAAAUCCAGAUGUUGUUCUUCCCAGAAACACCGAUUUGAAAAUAUUGGAACUAAACAUGUAUUUGGAAAAAUGGUAAAAACAGGUUAUUUGGGCUAUCAGUACACACUCAGCAUUUUUGUUCUCCAGUCCAUCUAUGGCAAUAAAAAAAAAGAAAAAAAAGCUCUGAGCCCGUUUUAAACCUUCAACAUCGAUCUGUGCUGCAGCCUGAUGAUGUGAAGACUGAGAAAAACUGACAACAUUUAAAGAGUGAUGCUUUCCCCAUACUCUGCCGAGAAUUCUAAAACAGACUAAUCCAGUUGUCCACAUUAACCCAAGAAAAAAAAAAAAAAAAAAAACUUUUAAACACCCAGAACAACAAUCAAAUUCAGUGGGCA